AUGAUUGUUGCUGAAGAGUACAAGAAAAUACAACCUAAAAAUUCAAAACAGCCAGAGCGGGAGGAGAAACGAGUCCUUGGUCUUGUGUUGCUUCGAGGAGAAAACCUGGUGUCCAUGACAGUUGAAGGACCACCUCCAAAAGAUACUGGAAUUGCCCGGGUACCUCUCGCUGGAGCUGCUGGAGGACCUGGAGUUGGGAGAGCUGCAGGGAGGGGAGUACCAGCUGGGGCACCCAUGCCACAGGCUCCAGCAGGAUUAGCUGGCCCUGUCAGAGGAGUGGGAGGACCAUCCCAACAGGUGAUGACACCGCAGGGUCGUGGAACUGUUGCAGCCGCUGCUGCAGCAGCCACUGCUAGCAUAGCAGGAGCCCCAACUCAAUACACACCAGGGCGUGGGGGUCCUCCCCCACCCAUGAGCAGAGGAGCGCCUCCUCCAGGAAUGAUGGGACCUCCUCCAGGCAUGAGACCACCUAUGGGCCCGCCAAUGGGAAUGCCACCUGGUCGAGGUGCUCCUAUGGGAAUGCCCCCACCAGGCAUGAGACCACCACCCCCAGGAAUGAGAGGACCCCCUCCACCUGGCAUGCGUCCACCAAGGCCAUAAGAUACUCUAUAAUGUACCUUUGAACUGUGAGAAGACUGAUUAAGGGAAUAUACCGAGCAGUACCACCUGUCAGAACUUAGCUAUGUAUAUUUUAUAUUUACUGCUUGUAAAGUUUGCCCUUUUUAAUAAAGCUGGAAAACCCAA